AAAAAACAGACCAAGUAACAGAAAGCUGCAUAUGCCUUCAGUUAACAGACAGAAUACAGGUCUGAAGGAGGUUUUAGCAGGACCAACCUCACAAAAUGCCCAGAAGAUAUAACCAUCAGGACAGCAACCACUUUAGAGGGAAAGGACAUGUCUAUUUUGCAGUGGAAGAAGCUCUGGGUAUUGGGCUUUUCAUUUUGGUGCUGGCAAUUUUACUUGCCUUUGGCUGCUGGUAUUACAGAAGACGUAGUGGCUACAAAAGUCUGCAGAGCAAAAGCUCUAGUGUGAGCACAAUACGACGCGUGGUAGGUGAGGGAGAAAUACUGGACUGCAAAAUGGCUCUGCAGGACUACAGAGACUUUAAUUCUGUGGUAUCUGAUGCUCCACCAGCUUAUGACAAAAUUGCUGCAGAUCAGUCACCACCACCUUAUUCACCAUAAUAAGAUGAAAUUUGAAACCAUAAACAUACUGAUUCCAUUUACUCAUGCUUGCUCUUUAUUUCCUGUCUAUGCUUAACUUCCUUAAAGCUACGAUCAUACAAAAGAAAAAAACAUGUCUUCAUCAGCAGUUGCUGAAAACUAUUCCUGCCUUAUUUACAGAACUGGUCCUUGAAAUGCCUUAAUAAAUCUGAAUGUGCUUUUGUUUUAAGCUUUUCACUUCUUGCAGUCAGAUGAAUACAUUAUUCAAGAUGACUAGACAUUAUGGUCUAGUCAUCUUGAAUCCUUCACAGGUCUACAUAGAUCUGUAGUGACACACUAUUCAGUAUCAAUCGGAGUAAAAAGUGACAGCACCUUUGUCUUCAUCUUUCCCUUUCUUUAAAAAAAAUAACAAAAAGCUCCAAAAAACCAAAACAACUAGAGACACACACACAAAAAAACCCACCAAAAAACAAAAUCAAAAAACCCCAAACAACUAUUCCUUAGAAUGUAAUGUAGAACAAUCUGUCACAAAAUGAACCAAACAAUUUGACUACAUGUCCUCUUACAAACUGUUUUCCUCACCAGCAGUUUUAAAAUCUACUUCCAAAAAGUGAUAAUGUUUUACAACACACUUUAACCUCACAUCACUUGUUUAUGUACCUGUAAUGAAUUAAUUCCUUAUAAAACACAAUCAAUGUAGGCAACUUGGAGUCCAUAUUACUUCAUACUGCAGUGGGUAUAAUGACAUCAUCUUUCAAUUCCUUGUGGCAGUCAUGUGAGAGAGUAAAAGAACUUUGUAAAUUUAAAGACUUACAUGUAAUUUCUUUCUAAUAUGAUGAAACUGUUGAAGAAAAUGCACAAAAAACAUGUUUCUUGAAGAAUACAGAAUACAGCAGACUCCUAGAUGUUAGUUUUCCAAGCUUGCCAGAACACUAGCAAUAAUAAAAAACUAAGGAUUUUGAUAUGCAUAAACUAGCUGCAUACAUUUGAUAGUUACUGUUUACUCAGCCUUUUUGUUAUUGCUUGCUUGCCAGAUUAUUACUUAAGAUGACGUUCAGAUCAAUAAAUUUAUACACAAGGCCCAAUAUCUCACAAGAGGCAGCUAGAAUGGUACAACAUUCAUUAAAAUCAAAAGUAGUUACAGAAGAAAACUGAUUUCAUAAAGCAAUUAUUAACUGCUAUUAGUAAAGAAUCUAGUUCUUUGUCAUGAAAUACACCAAUACAAAAACAUUAAAACAAAAUAAGUUAUCAACACAAGGCAUGGGUUACUUGCCUAACAUAAACUCCAUUUGUGUUGACAAAUAAUAAAGAUGGGUU